AUGCACAGGAAUCAACACCCCGGCAGUAACGAUACCUCCCCUCUGAGUCUGUGUCUGGUUUGUGGUGCAGUCGCGUCCUUCCCCACCUGGCAACUGCCAGGUCCCGAUGAGAUGGAGUCCGUCUUGUCAACCAAGUGUUGCUUUCUGCAUGACAUCUGCGACAUGCGAAUGCACGUGCGCAGCAAUCAUGCCGGAUACGCAUUCAUUUUGCUGCUCGAUUCGAGCAAGCUUCUUUGCCUUACUGAUGAGGCUCGGCGGAUCACUCAGUUUCCGGGACUCUAUCGAAAUAGACUGGGUGAAUUCCAUGUCAACCAGAGGUAUGAACUACCGCAUUAUUUCUGUCUUUGCUGCACAAUGUUUAUUGGAAUGUAG